AUGCCAGCUGGCACCGGGCAGAUGUCAUCUGGGGGAAGUGUGACGAUGUGGGGAAGAGGAGACGUGGGCAUGGGGGGGAGCAACAGCAUGGGAGAGCAACGCGGGAAUGGGACACUGAAGGGAAUGGAGGGGUUAGAUGGAUAUGCCUCUCAUUCAAAAUAUGGAUCAGAGCAGGCAGCAAUGUAUGGGAUGCAACCAACAGCAGCAGGCUAUGGGGUGGAUCAAUCAGGGCAGCAUGGGAUUGACCCAGGUGCAGCAUAUGGGAUGGACUCAGCAGGGAGGCAUGGAGUGGAUGGGGCGACGAUACUGUUGGAGCAGGGGCGCAUGCAGGUGGUGACGGAUGCAGCAGCGGAUGGCAGCGGUGUGACGUGCACCGUGUGCCGGGGCGUGAUUAGUGGGGCGCGGUGGAAGGAGCACGUGCAGUUUUGGUGCCGGGUUGCUGCGCACGACCCGAUGGGGGAUAGCAAUCUGUGCUGCGUGGAGGGAGAUAGCAGGGGGGUUGGGGAGGAAGAAAGAGAGAAGAAAGCAGAUGGAGGACGGGAGGAGGAAGGAAUGGGCAGGAGGAACCCCCUCAUCCCCAAUAUCUUUCCUCCCUCACUAACACACACCCCCUCAACCCCAAAGUCUUUCAUCCUUCACCCACCCACGCCCCCUCAACCCCAGAUUCUUUCAUCCUUCACCCACCCACGCCCCCUCAACCCCAAAUUCUUUCAUCCUUCACCCACCCACGCCCCCUCAACCCCAAAGUCUUUCCUCCCUCACCCACCCACACCUCCUCACCUGGAUGUGCAUCAACUCCCCACCAGCCUCCCACUUAGGGGCAGGGCAACACCGACCACUGCCCCCACAGCAAUCGCCCCCAUUCCUCGCCACACUUCCUCGCCCCCAGUCGUACCCAGUCAGCUUUCUCCCUCACCUGCCAUUGCAAUCGCACGUCUCCCUCCACCCCAUCGGCACGCGGAGCCCAGCCGGCCUCAUCCCACCACAGAACUUCACCGUCCCCGGAAGACUUAUGCGGUUGGAAGGCCGGAUCAGGACGGCAUGCACAGCGCCGCCAUCACCGCAGGUGCGAAAGAAUGGGCCGAUCGCCUUGUUGCUCGUGAAGGUGGGUGCAGUGAGAUAGAGGGAGAUGCCAUCCGAGAAGAUGCCUCCCCCAUGAAAGCCUGGAGGGUGGACAGGUGGGAUGGGGACAAAGGAUGGGGUAAAGCAGCAAGGUCAACGGCUUAG